AUAGUGUAAACCGUACCCACAAUUUAUAUUGAGGCUGAGAUUCGUAAAUCUAAAUAUCUAAAAUAUUGUAACAUUGGACAUUUGCAACAAUGGAGGAAUCAGAUAAAUCGCAACAAAACAUGAUUUCCAAUCUGCCUCUGCUGUUUGCAAAUGGAUAUCCAACUUCCCUAGAAAAAAUUACUGAAUCCCAGCUGGAAAAUUUUAUACCGUUUAUGGUACAGUGCUCUUUGGGACACAUUAAUUUACCAAAGAAAAUAGACUGCAGUGAGCCAGAGUGGUGGCCAGAAAAUGCUCCAUUUGGCAUUCCGUUGAAAAAGCCAAAACAAUUUUUUGGGACUUGGAUGGAAAAAAUGAAGGAAAUUGUAGUUAUUUGUUAUCAGUUCCAUAAAAGCCUUUUCCUCCUACGAUUCUGCAAUGAUUUAGCUGCGUACGAGCACGCAAGCCUGAGAUUUAUUAACAACUAUAAUUCGACGACAUCGCUCUACGAUAGACGAAAUAACAAAUUACUGGUAACAUUUCGAAAUGAGAACAUGUCUUAUGAUCGUCAGCAAAAAAAUCGAAAAUGUUUGCUAUUGCACAAAAGUAAAACUGAUACUCAUGGUGACGAUUCCCAAUAUAUGAUGGUCGAACCACCUCCAUUUGAUAUUUAUCUUUGCGACAACUGUGAUGCCGAAUUGUAUUCCAAGGAAGCUAUAUUCAAACAUGAAAAAAUUUGCAAUAUGGAAGAUGAUGUUAUAUUGUGUGACUCUCCGGAACCAGAAAACAAAUUAGAAAAUAAAAACAAUGAGAAUGCCGAAUUGCGAAAUGCUUUCCUACUCAAUUUUUGCCUGCAGUCGAAAGCGACAAGUUGUAAUUUUUCGAAGAAAGCGCAAAGAACACAUUUAUUAAAUGAGGAAUUGGUGCAGACGACAACAAAUAGAAAUCGACGCAUAUCAUCGCGAAGGAAUCGUGCCGUGCCUUCCCUUAACCGAUGUUCAUUUAUUCCAAUAUCAUCGCCGGCUGGACAAAAACUACUGAAGUCAAUGAAACAGACAAUAUCAUCGGAAUAUGUAUUUGAAAGACAAGAGCGUGUCGAUCGAUUUUGUUAUACGCCCUUAGUGGUGAAAUCUGGUUGUAGGCAUAAGCCGUUUGAAAAGAAAACGAUUCCAAGCAACAUUCAUAUUACGUUCAAGAAAAUGAGUGAAUUUAGUUCACACAUUUAUGCUUUUCCGCGGCGACAGUUUGCGCAACGAAGGGAUACAACACAAAAUUUCUUGUUCCUUAACUCGCCGUUGAUUAAGAAAUGCCGUCCAAUAUCGGUCCGAUUAAAAAAGAUGUCUGACAAUAUAGGCGAACAAUUUCCAAUACCUAAUACUAAGCUUAAUAUUAGACUAACACGCGAUACUUCACUUAAUUCCCAAUGGAGAAUUUCACCUUCCACCGAGGUUGUUGUCGACACAAUCGAUUUGUGUUCGUCGGAUGAUGACGAUCAAUCUAAUUCGUCGCAGACGGUACUGAAUAGUUCCGAUAAUCGGUUUGCAAUAAUAUCAGUAUCUCAUAAAACAGACGUCGUAGCCAGAAGACAGGAGAAUCACAUUGCCGAUGAAACAGAAUGGGCGUCUUCCCCACCGGGCUAUUCGCAGGCAACAAUAAGCGACGAUAAUUCGCCGAAGCCACUGCAGCAGUCCGUUUAUAUAUUUUCCAAUUACAAGACUAACUCGGUGCUGAAUCGAUUUGGCCUCGAAUCAAAGGCAAAUGGUUCAGAUAAAGCACUGAUGAUGGCACCCUCAAACACAUUUGCCCACGCAUACAAUCAAGAAAAUUGCAAUUUGUCAAAGAGAUUGGUGGCUGUCACCGACUGGUGUGCCGCCCACCCAGCGAACACAGAAAAGACGGACAUUAAUCAGGCAGCCGAUAAUGGAAUUAGCCUGAGCAAUGGCACCUUCGAGAAUACAUUAGUUGUACAGCCCUAUAAUUCCUCAAGUAGAAUCAUUUCAAUUGAUUUAACAACAUAGGCAUAACCACUAAUUCUAAUUUAGUAAUCGAAAUAUAAUUGUUAUUUUAUACAAUAAAGUUUAUAAUUAACUGUG